UGCUUUUUCUUUCCUGAUGUUGGUCGGUAGGUGGCGCCAAAGGGAAGACCCAGCCCCAGCCAGCUGAGGUAAACUCUCUGUCUUCUAACACGUCCGGAGGACUGCUACAAACCCCGCUGAACCAGCUGUAGAUUCAUUACUGCAGAGAAUCACCGUAGUGUCAUAAUGAGCGGACGAGGCAAAGGAGGAAAAGGCCUGGGCAAAGGAGGCGCCAAGCGCCACCGUAAAGUCCUCCGUGAUAACAUCCAGGGAAUCACCAAGCCGGCCAUCCGCCGUCUGGCUCGCCGCGGCGGAGUCAAGCGAAUCUCCGGCCUCAUCUACGAGGAGACCCGCGGUGUGUUGAAGGUGUUCCUGGAGAACGUGAUCCGUGACGCCGUUACGUACACCGAGCACGCCAAGAGGAAGACCGUCACCGCCAUGGAUGUGGUGUACGCUCUGAAGAGGCAGGGCCGCACUCUGUACGGCUUCGGAGGUUAAAUUCAGCCCGUUGAUCACAGCGAACCAAAGGCCCUUUUCAGGGCCAACAACUGCUGCUUAUGGGCCAAAGGGACUUGUUCAGAUGUGACUAAAGUCUUGCGCUAUUUUCAGUUUAAGUUGGAAUGAAGCCAACCAUGUUGGCUGAAAACUAGGCGGUUUUAUUUCAUAUAACGUCAGGUAUAAAAAGUAUAUAUUUAAAUAGUUAAUAUCCAUAGAGCUCAAUUUAGCAGUGAAAAUCACCUCGUGUGGGGAGACCAGUUUUAAGUAGCGAUUUCUUUGAACAUUUGUUAAAAGAACAUUAUACUUUCUUGCCGAACCUCUUGGCAUGUUUUAGAUUUUCCCCUGGUUUCAGAUAAAGCCAGCCAAUAAAAAGCCUCUAAUCAGC